ACCUUAUACGGAACGCUUCGUUAUCGCGCUUUUGGUAAAUAUUCUGUUUCUGUCGAGGUGAAGGAAAUAUAUUGAUAUCGUUUCAGACCUCAAACAAACAUUUUGGGGGUUGUAAUUGAAAGCAAUACAAAAGACAGACAAUGUGCAUUUUGGAAUUGACAAAAAUUCAAAAGGGGUACGUCUUUGUUAAAAGGGGGCUUCUCAUUUCAGUGAAUUUCUGAAGGUUUAUGUCAAACGUCGUUUAACACGAAUCGGAAAUCUCAUUCAAUCUGUGUUUUCCCUUGUACACAACCCCGUUGUGAAGGAGAGAGAUAGAGGAAAACAAACUUAUACCCGUAUGAGGCGGAACUUGGGAGUUUACAAUAUUUGUGUUGGAUGUUGGAACUUAUCUGGAAAUGAAGGAUGCCAAAUAGAUUUUUGAAAACAGAGAUUUAUUAGCUUUAAAAAAGAAAGUAUCAACAACAACAGUAAAGUCGAAACAUUGAAAUCUAAGUUAUAACAUGGCGUAAACCUGGUGGCAAACACUGUCAAAGAUGGGCUGCGGUGGUUCCAAGGAUGACGUCAACGCGCAGGCCCAGGGAAAAGGAAAGGCCGCGGGGGGCAGAAAGUCGACCGUCAAAAACCAACAGGGAAAUAAAGGUGGGAAGGGGAAAGUUAAAGAAGUAAGAGAACCAGUCAACGAAAAAGGUUACAAGGGAAAACCACAGAAAGAAAUAGGAUACCUGAAACGAAUCCGAGAACAGUUGAGACAGGCUGCUACAAACUCGGACAUCGAGGAGCUGGAACAUGCAAUAGAUUUGUUCGAGAAGAAUAAAUUGGAGGACAAUGGCGACUACACUGACGCCAUAGAGAGGCUCAAAUUUUUAUACCUUAGAAAAGAACUUCGUGAUGCAAUUUUACGACGUCAUCCAGGUAUUUUGGACAAGGCAAUCGAAAGAGUGGAAGCCUCGGAAUACGUAUCCGAGUUGAGUCAACCUCUUGAUACUGCUAAAAGGCUGCGCGAGCAUUUGAAGGAACUUGAUCAGUAUCGCCAUGACAUCCUCGAAAUGGACCAAUCAACGAUCUCAGAGAUACGAAGCUAUCAUCAUCCGCCAGAUGGCGUUCAUGAGGUCAUGAUGGGAACGUAUAUGUUACUUGGUUAUGACGAGGAAAAACUAAGGGACUGGACUGAUGUGCAAUGCCUCCUAGGUCGAUAUGGAAAAGAAAGUCUCAUAAGGGAGGUUCGAAACGCAGAUACCAUCAAUAUAAAUUCCAAAACAAGCCAAAGAGUUCUAAAGAUGCAGUCUAAAUUUACACUAGAACAAAUUCGGGGCGUCAGUAAUGGAGCAGCGACAUUCUAUGUUUGGAAUACCAAUAUGGCGAAUAAAUCUGACAAAGAUAGACAACAAGAGCAGCAGCCUAGUCAAACUCCGACACCGGGCAAACAGAGCGGCAAAUCAACGCCUGCGCAGAAAGACAACAAACAAGCAAAGCCCAACUCAAACAAAGCUCAACCUAACGUAAAAGACAAAAAUCAACCUCCUCCUAAUGCAAAGGAUAAAAAUCAACAACAGCCUAAGGCAAAAGAUAAAAAUCAACCACAGCCUAAGGCAAAGGAUAAAAACCAAGCUAAUACUAAUCCAAAAGAUAAAAAUCAAUCACAACCCAAAGCUAACAAUCCGGCACCGGCGAAUGCUAAGGACAAAAAUCCGGCACAACCUAAUUCUCAUCUAAAGGAUAAAAAUCAAUCCCAGCCCAAGGCAGGGGACAAAAAUCAGCCUAAUUCUGAUCCAAAAAAUAAAAACCCAGCGCAGCCUAAUGCAAAGGACAAAAACCAACCACAGUUAAAGGCCGUGGACAAAAAUCAACCCAAUUCAAAUUUAAAGGAUAAAAACACGUCACAGUCUAAUGCAAAGGACAAAAACCAACCCCAGACAAUUACAAAGGACAAAAAUCAACCCAAUGCUAACUCGAAGGAUAAAAACCCGACACAGCCUAAUCCAAAAGACAAAAACCCACAGCCAAAGGCGGUAGAUAAAAAUCAGUCAAAUCCUAACCCAAAGGACAAAAAUCCGGUGCAGCCUGAUGCAAAGAAUAAAAACCAAGUCACGCCUAAAGCACCUAAUCCCAACGAUAAUAAGCAGGCUGAUGCAAAGAAAAAUUCUACUAAAGCUAAUGAUAUAAAUCAAGUUCAAAAGAACUCAAAACCCCAGGUCAAUUCAAAUUCACAAGUUCAGUCGAAACCACAAAACAAUACUUCUAAACCAAAAGCAGACCCCCAGCAAAGCACAACAGACAGGAAAAAGACCAAGGGAUGAUAGAACGAGUGUUUUGUCCUAGAUUAAAAGGGACUGUGGGAACUAGAUAAAAGAUAGGAAUGCUUUAGUGACUUUACAGUGAUUGGUUCAUGUAUUUUCAUAGUCAUGCAUUUGUUAGAAAAAAGAAUUUUUGGGGCUUUUUGAUGGGUGAUUAUCUUUUUCACGCAAGUAGAAGCUCCACCUUUGGAGACGGUUUACCUCUUGUACCACAGAAAAAUAUAUUUCGCUUCUGAUGGAAAUUUCAAAAAGGGUUCAACGCACCAAUUAAUAUAGCUAUUGAGAAGGAAACGGGAAUUCUUGAUUUCUCACUGAAAGAUUUUGCAUAGAAAAACUUGCAGAAAUGGGACAGCGGAAGUAAAUGAAAUUUGCUUGAAAGUCACUUUGAAGUCUUCUAUUGCUGCAAUGACAUCAUACACGCGGAUAUUCUAGUAACCAAUGACGCCAAUUUACAAAUACUCUAUUCUCUUGCUUACAGGAACUAAGCCUUUAAAUGUCUGUGAUAUUCUGUACAUAGCACUUAUAAUUUAUGAUUUAUAUUUUCGACAUGAUAUGCAUGUAUUUAGAUAUAUAUGUCUAUUGAACAGUUAAUU